GAUUGUUCUACGCAGGGUACAGUACUUAAAAGUCCUUCCAAUUAUCGAGACGAGAUACAUACCGGCGCGUUUUGCGAACGAUUCUUCUUUCUCCUUACAUCUAAUUCCUCUCUUUUCUUUUCUCUGGCCAACCGUGUACUUACCCGUCUCUCUGAUGUCGUCGUUGUCCGAUUUUGAGUCGGAUCUUACCGACUUGGAGUCAUCGGAGGAUGAGUAUAGACCAGCCCCCGGCGCUGUCAAACAACCUUCGAAGAGAAAGCCACCGAAACAGGAAUAUCGAUUGAAUAACACGCUCUCCCCUCCCCGCAACACCUCGUAUCCUGCAAUGGCUUUGUAUAACCAACUGAAGAAUGGUUUAAUCAAUCUUGAUCCUGAAUAUCAAAGAGGCGUGGUGUGGGCCGACAGUAAGCAAUCGUACCUGAUUGAUUCGCUCUUCCGCAACUACUACAUUCCACCUAUCAUUUUCGCUGUCACACGCACUUCGGACGGGCUUGAGACGCGAGUGUGCAUAGAUGGGAAGCAACGAUUGACAUCCAUAAUGAAGUUUAUGGAGGGAGAGAUCUGCCAUAAAGACUCGUACACAGGAGAAAGACUUUGGUUCAAACAGCCCAGCAGCACGAAGAAGCCUCUUCUGCCGAAGCAGUACAUCUUGCAGUUCGAGAAUAAACAAAUACCAUGUGUAGAGUAUGACACAUUGAACGAUGACCAAGAGCGAGAGAUUUUUCAGCGCGUUCAAAUGGGUGUUGCUCUAACACCCGCGGAACGCAUGCAGGCACUUACUGGUCAAUAUCCUGACCUUGCACGAGAUAUCCAAAAGAUGAUUUCUGGAGAUGAAGGCUUCAGUGACAGUCUCGAAUGGAGGGACAGCCGAGGACGCGACUUCCAGUGCAUUGCGUCUAUGAUCUACCUCGUAGAUUCAAAGUCCAAUGUGAAGUUUCCAGGUGCCCCGACCUUGGACAAGUGGCUCCAGGAAAACAGGGAGGUCGACAACAACUUCCGAUCAAGCAUACUCAAUACAUUCAACACUUAUAUUACCCUUGCAAAAGACGCCCGAUAUAAUGCGUGCUUUCAAUCGCGUAAAGUCUCGCCUGUGGAAUUCACAAUGGCUGCGGUACUCAUCCAUCGCUACAAGUCCACUUUCUCAAUGGAUCGGCUCUCAGCUUCCAUCAAAAGUAUGCGAGAACAUGUGCGGAAUGAGCAUGAAGAUAUCAGGGCAAAUGCGAAGGUGGCCCUAACGAUCACAAACUUCAUCGAUAACGAUCUGAAGAAGAUAAAGCCACAAAAGGGCGAGAUAACUGCGACCGAAUUCAUGAAAAAGCUGGGUGCAACAGCAAAGGCAUCGAAGUCCUCGAAACGAAAACGUGUGGAGUCCACAGACGAUGAAGGUGACGAAGUACUUCGAAAACCGCCAAAGUCGUCAACAGCUGGCACAAAGAGAUCGGUGACUCUCAAGAUUCCUGCAAAAUCAACUGCGAAGCCAACAACAUCCUCUUCAAUGUCGUCAGGUGUUGCAAGGCAGGUUGCUAAACGAAGUCAACCAGUAGGCCAAUCCUCACCAUCAGUAACAACUGCAUCAAAGUCUCGAGUCGGAUCUGGCACCACAGUGCAGACUGUGUCGGUGAAGAAGGAAAAGGUUGCCUCUUCCGGCGGCAAAGUCACAAGUACGACACAGCGUCAAAAGGAGUCGACUUCUCGGACGCAGGAAAUAGCUCGACCCAAACCGAGCAGCUCCAAAAAUCCUACACCUGGCGAUGAGGGUCCCGAUGCAGCUUCUUAUACAACACGGGCACGUCCGCCAACUCCACGCAAAGAACAUGUUCGCCCAUCCGCUGCUGGAUCCGGUCAUAUUGCGUCUACAUCACGCGCGAGUCCCCUCCAACCGAAACAGUCUUCUUCUGCAACGCCGCCCAUCCCAGGACCAUCUCCUGAAGUAAAGUCAUUCGCACCGACAUCGUCCGUCUCUGCUGUUGCAAAUGGGGUGAUGAAGAAUGAGCCUUCCCGUAAAGUUUCGCCAAUUACAACGUCUGCAGAUGGCAAACCUGAUAGGUUGGCCGCCAUUCGGCGUGCGAAGGAAGAGCAACAGCAACGGCGGAUGUCUAGUGAUGCUGGAAAGGCGGGUUCCAGUCGGCAGGGUAGCACGUCUUUACCAGCAACUCCGGUCACACCUUUUCAACCACCACCCUUCUCGCAACAACCUCUUACUCAAUCUCCAGUAACCGAUCAGAAUCACUCAAAACAGUUACCCCAGCAAAUGAUACCACAGGCGAACACAUCUCCCGCGUUGCUUCCUGCCGCACCCAAGCCGUCAGACAUCUUUGUACUACCCAGCGGGGAGAAACUGGACUAUCAAUACGUAGUUGACGUGCUCGCGAGCUUGUCCCAGUCUCCUCAGGCCGCGACAGCACAGGCGCCAAAUCUUGUUCCUGCAGCUGCAGAUCCACGGCUUGCCAGACAAUCCCCAAGUGUAACUUCACCCAGCCUCUCGCGUAAUCGAACUGCACAAGAAGACGAAGACAUGGAAAUCGAUACCCCACCUCCCCAGCAAUUGCCGCCAAUUAGUCCGAAGUCCAACGUGCAACCUGCUCCUGUGCCUGAGGCUCCUGCAAGUCAACUCACACCCGCACCGGCAUCCGCACCCGCACCAGCUCCCCAGCCGGCACCUCAGAAUCAACAAUCCACCAAUCCGUUGUCUUUUUUAAGACAGUCUCCUGUGGUCAGUGUCCUAAUUCCCUCUUCUGUGCAGCAGCGUCCAAACCAUUCCAUCUCCACAGCUGCUGCACAGCCGUCUUUCAUAGAUUUGUAUAUCCCCUCCCCAUCUUUGCAGGCGUUCUCUGAGGGACCUUUCUUGCAAAGAAAUGAAGACGAAAAGCAAAGCGAAGAGAAAAAUGGAAAAUCUGUCGAUACGCAACUUGAGGAUCACUCACCUAGGCUACUUCGGAAGCGUAAUAGUGAGAUGGAGUCGAGAACCGAAGAACAUGAGAAUAUCUUAUCACAACCUACCAAUUCUUCUAGCACCGCGGACGUUGGGCUGGACCCGCCCGGCGACACUGCUUGUCCCCAGAGGCCCCGAUUGCCGUCGCCCAGUGCAUCAGGUUUUGCAGAACGUCGAGAGCAUGAUUUGCAGUUGCAGCUCAGCUCCAAGGCGAAGGGAGCAAACCAACCUGAGGUACAGCGUAGGGCAUCGACCACCAGCACUCAUGGCGCUGAACUGCCAAAGAAACCAGACUUGUGUCCACCUGUUGCUCUAUCAGCAGGACGCCAAACGACAUCACUUCUUGCCACGCCCGUCACGAGAGAACGCUCAGGAACCCUGAGCUCACUGCAGCCGUCAAGAUGGGGGCCGCUUAAUCAUGAUCCAGGGCCAAGCAAUGGGUCCGCGGAGUCGACAUCCUGGGGAGCAGUCAAUUCUUACUCCAUCGACGAGCGGCCUUCGAGGGGAACAGACCAGAGAUGGCGCAGUGGGUAUCGCGGGAGGUGGAAUGAGCGAGGUAGAGGCAGAGGCAGCAGAGGCAGAGGGUACAACGGAGAUCGUCUUUCCCCUUACAGAAGUAGAGGUCGAAGAUACAAUUCACAAGGGGGGUCAGACAGCAGGGUCCCAAGAGGUCCAGGUCAUCACCGUCCGCAAAGAGGAUAUGACCACUACAGCCCGCAUCAUUGAAGCUUCAUUAAAAGGACUGCCACCAAGUGCACUUGGCAGAGACCGCCACAUUCUUGGAGUGAGGGGACAAGUCUUAUGGGGGUUGAGGCUGCGCUGAUCCGACCAAGGGACCCGCUAUGUUUUGGAACCUAGACGCGUCGAUAGCGCUUUGUUGUGCCAUUCCUGCAUGCAUGUUUCCCUUCAUAUGAGACUCCGAGCGCCGCUCCGCAUUCUUGGUACGUUCCUUACUUCUUGUCCAAAGUUUCUGCUUUCUUCACGGCCGCAUUUCAAACUUCAACUUCAACUGUAUAUAUAUAUAUAUAUAUAUGUGCUCGCACUGACAAUCGCCCUGCAACUUCGUACCUAUUUUUGUCAAUUAUGUUAAUGCCUUUAUAGUAAUGUAUUCUCUUCUAUGUGUAUUACGUAUGAUGAAUUAGGACUUAAUACGUACGUUUCUUGCAUUC